CAAGUUGUCUCUCAAGUGCUGUUUUCUGAGAAGAAAGUAAGACCUCAAUCAGUCAGGCUGGCUUAGUGUUAUAUAAAUUUAGGGUCUCUAGGCAAUGACAAAUUAACUCUGAGGAAGAAUACUCAUCCAAAAAAUUUGUUACCAUUCAGGAUGUUUGUCAUCAGGGACUCCUGAGAAAACAAUUUAUUCUUCAGGAAGCUCUCUUACUGGUGUGUGUCCAAUUCCAGCUCUCUUGCACUUUCUGAGACCUGGGAGAGGAAGGCAGUUUUUCAGACACUGAUUUGGUGGUGAAAUGCAAGGCAGCUGUCAGAAGGCUGCCUUCUACCAUCUCAGUUCUAUUGGACAGUCAACAUGGACCUUUUAACUGAUAUCAUUGUUGCUAACUCUUUGGGAAGGGCAAAAUCUCCAGAGAUCCUCAAAGUAAUGUGGGCUGCCAAUAUGGGACCCAGACUUAUACCAGUGCAAACCAAGUACAGGGCAAUGGGAAGAGACCUCAUUGGGUUGCAGAAUGAAAGGAGACGUCCAUAUGUCACCAAGGUUAAAACCAAUGACAAGUUCUAAUUUGACAUUUGCACUUUGUUCUUAUCCCGCAAAGGUGCUUCCUACACAAGAAGUCACAUGACCACAGAGUGUCAUUUGUCAAAGAACCAAGAACUUGUUCAAAACUCUACAGAGCAUCCAAUCUAUCAUGUGGAUAUGCAAUAAUGAGUGUCCAAAGGAUAUAUCCACAGACAUGUUUGCCCGUCUUUGUAGGCGCUUUGGGAGAGCUGAUGUUGAUAGAGAAGAGUCUAGAGUGAAGCAAACGAAACCUAAAGAGGCCUGCAGACAGACGUCAUCCCCUGAAAAUGUCCAAAACAAGGUGCAGGCCAAUGAGGAAGAGGAGAGGCUGAAUAGAGAACUGGAGCUAACUACCAAGGAGAGAAAUGAGCUGACAGAUCGCCUCCUUUAUGUGACAGGUGGAUCCAUGAGCAAGAGCCCGUACUUCAGGCCAAAUCCAUUUUAUGAAAACUUGAAGAUAAAGGAGAAACAGGUCAUGUCAUUACUGCACAACUUAGACACAAAGAACAUUGAACAUCGUGAGAAAUUUCAGGAACUCAAGAAGGAGAUUAACUUCUAUCUCAACCUGCACAGCCAGCUCCUGAUGGACCAGGCAUGUAUGAAGAAGAAGUUGGUCACAUUGAAGCAGGAGUGCAAGGAGUUACAGCGAUAUUUGUUUGAGUUGAACCCGAAUGAUGAAGACGAACAGGAGAAGACCAGCAACCUCCAGACCCAGCAAAAUGUGGUAGGAACAAGCAGCUGAGUCAGAUUAACAAUGUCUGAUACCAUUUGCCUAUUGGAUACAUCUUUGCUUCCCCUAUCACCUUUCUAAUCUCCCCACACCCAGUCAGUCACCCACCUCAUGUGAUAGAGUUAUUCAUUGCUCUGUCUAUGCACAAGUAUUCUGGGAUGUUAACCACUCUUCAGAAACUGAAUUAUGGGCAAUUAUACUUCUCUGCCCUUUUUGAAACUGCAGUCCAGAAAUGGUGACAGAGGAAUAACAUAUCACAUGACUGAAGGCAGCAACUUGACAGCUGGUAUGCGGGUCCCCACCACAUCCGUGUCUUAAUAGCUGCCUUCUUCUCCCAGGUCUCAGGAACUGCAGGAGACAUGGAAUAGGACGGAUCCCAGGAAGACAGCCCCCUGAAGAAUGAGUUUCUCUCUCAGGAGUUCCCUGUGACGACAAUCCUCACAGUCAAAGACUUUUUGUGGGUGAAUAUUCUUCUUCUCAGAUAAUUUCCUCAAUGUAUAGAGACCCUACAUUUAUGUAUCCGUAUGCCAGCCUGUCUGGUUGAGGUCUUUCUCCUCUCUCAUACCGACAACACCAUUUGAGAGACAACUGAGGGGACUGCCUUGACAUCUCACGUCCUAGAGGAGAAACAGCACUACAACUGUGUUUCUAAAUGUUCAUUAAGAAAAUGCUGUUAAGAAAUGUUUUUGGUUAUGAUUUUCAUUGAAGUUUUCUUUUUGUUAUUUCAUAGUUAUAUAUUCUUGUUACUGUUUUUCAUUUUAUACCAUUUUAGGUAUUCAUUUUAUUCCUGUUUUUUGUAAAUUGUACUCCUUAUGAAUAAAAAUUGAUUUGAAACUCUUGACUCUUAAGACCAUCUUAUUCAAGGGUCCUUUCCCCUCCUGUAGACUUAGAACUGACAGCUGGAUAUGGAUCUUUGCAUGGACCAGGCAGCAUGGGUAAAUAGGGAAUUCAAAGCCACCAAGGGGUACACAGGGUGAUAGUGUCUUUUGUGUGGAUAAUGUGACUUUUUUUAUGGACACACACUUUAUGAUGUAAUCACUGACAUACUGUAUCCAUGCUGUCAUGUAUUCUUCUCAU